GGGGGGUGGCACAGCCUAACCCUGGGCAGCAGAGCCACUGCAGGGGGACUUGGGGGGACCUUCUGCUGCACGUCCCUGCCGUCGCUGGGGUUUCUGUUUUAUUUCCUGGAGGGGAAAGAGGGGGGGAACCCAAGCCAGCAUGGUCUCCCCAUGUCCUCUGUUCCCCUCUUCCCUCUUCCCCCUCCUUUCAUCUCAGUAGGAAUCGGCUUUUUCUUCCUCUGCCCAGAGCUUUGUCCUCCUCAGACUCAGACAAGACUCCAGGAAGGCAGCCAGGAUGGAUUACAGCUCGCUCAGCGGGGUCCCGCGCUUCCUCACCCGGCCCAAGGCCUUCAUGGUGUCUGUGGGGAAGGAUGCCACCCUGAGCUGCCAGAUCAUUGGAAACCCCAUCCCAGUGGUGAGCUGGGAAAAGGAUAAACUUCCAGUCCAGUCUGGGGGAAGGUUUAAAACCACAGAGGAUGGGGAUUUGUACCGGCUAACCAUCUACGACCUGAGCCUGGAGGACAGCGGCCAGUACAUCUGCCGGGCCAAGAACACCAUCGGGGAGGCUUUUGCUGCUGUCAGCAUCAAAGUGGGAGAGGAGACCACGGUCACAGAGUCAGCUCCUUACUUCAUCCAGAAACCUACCAACAUCAAAGUAACCUUGGGAGAAGACGUCAUGUUCAAAUGCAAAGUCCAGGGCAGUCCUCCCCUCUCGGUGAACUGGGAGAAGGACGGGAGAUACCUGAGGAACAAAGCAGACGCCGGACGCUUCCAGAUCGAGUCUGCUGGGGAGUCCAACGCUCUCACCAUCCAGUGUGCCCAGCUGGGGGACAGUGGCACCUACACCUGCCGGGCAGAGAACCUCAUCGGCUCCGCCAGCGCCUCGGCCGCGCUGGUGGUGGAAACGCACGGCUCCUCCAACCCGGGCAGCGACAGCACCUGCGGCAAGACGGCCUCCUUGCUGUCCCACCUGCAGAAGAGGCGGGAGGAGAUCAGGAAGAUGGACAUCUCCCACGGGACUCUGGACUCGGCCUCUGCCCAGGCCUACUCCGCGGUGGAAGGGCUGUCCAGCAUCGGCCUCAGCCUGUCCCGGGACUACGAGCGGGCGGCGGGGCUGACCAAAGGGGCCCGCAACGCCACGUUCGGGGCGCUGACGCGCACCUGCAGCGUGACGGAGGGCAAGCACGCCAAGCUGAGCUGCUACGUGACGGGAGAGCCCAAGCCCGUGAUUGUGUGGAAGAAGGACAACGAGGUCAUUUCGGAAGGCCGGCGGCACGUCAUCUAUGAGGACGACCAGGAGAACUUUGUGCUGAAGAUUCUCUUCUGUAAGCAGACGGACAACGGGCUGUACACCUGCACGGCCUCCAACCUGGCGGGGCAGACCUACAGCUCUGUGCUUGUCACUGUCAAAGAACCCACCAUCCCCUUCAAGGCGAAACUGAAGGAUCUUGAAGUGAGGGAGAAGGAAUCUGCCACCUUCCAGUGCGAAGUGCCCGUUGCUGGGACAGAGACAGCUUGGUUCAAGGAGGAGACCAAGCUGCAGCAGAGCAAGAAGUACAACAUCGAGGAGGAGGGCACCUACCGCCGGCUCACCGUCCAGAACGUCACCACGGAUGAUGAUGCUGUUUACAUCUGUGAGAUGAAGGAAGGGAGCAGGACCAUUGCAGAGCUCUCUGUCCAAGGGAACAUCAUUAAAAAACUCCCACGGAAAACUGCUGUCUUCAUCAACGACACGGCCACCUUCUGCGUGGAGCUGGACAACGACUGCCAGAACGUCAGGUGGCUGAAGAACAGAGAGGAAGUGAAACCCAGCGACCGAAUCUCCAUCACGUGCUCUGGCAAACAGCACACCAUGACCAUCCGGGAGUGCAAGGUGGAAGAUGCUGGAGAGAUUGCCUUCCUGGCUGAUGAAAGCAGGACUUCCACCCAGUUCACUGUGACCACUCCCAAAAAACCUCCCACCCAACCCCCAGCUGACCCUGUGGUGAAAAAUAAAACAGAAACCUCAGUGACACUGGCGUGGUCCCCUCCGAGGAUGGAGCGGCCCGUUCCAGUCGACGGCUACAUUGUGGAGCGCAAGAAACUCACCGGCUUCACCUGGGUGAGGUGCCAUGAGUCCCACGUCCCCAGCCCCGAGCUCACAGUGAGCAACCUGGCAGAAGAGGCUGACUACCAGUUCAGAGUGUCUGCUGUCAAUGCCUAUGGACAGAGCCCCUACCUGGAAUUCCCUGGGAGCUUGCACCUUGAACCCGUCCUGGCUGUGAAGAACCCCCUGACAACAGCUGAAGUUGCACCUGGAGGGGAUGCCCUGUUCACUGUUGAUCUGACCAAGACAUGUUCUGGCACCUGGUACCUGAAUGGCAAAGUCUUACAGGAAAGUGAGACCUACAUCAUCAACAGAACCCAAACCACUCACACCCUGCUCAUAAAAAAUGUCACCAGGAAAGAUGACGGGGCAGAAGUGAAGUUUGUUGCCAAUGACGUUGAGACCAGCACCAAGAUGAGAGUGAGAGGAGCUGCAGUGAGAUUCACCAACAAGACCAAAGACGUAGAAAAAGUCUCAGCUCGGCUGCGGGAGGAAGCCAAACUCCAGGCUGAGCUUUCAGACACAGAGGCCACUGUGAAGUGGAUGAAAGAUGGGAAGGAGCUCAAGGCCAGUGAAAAAUAUGAGUUCCAAACUGUGGGGAAGAGGCACAUCCUGAAAAUCCGCAGCACUGCUGAGGAGGACGCUGGAGCCUACGAGUGUGUCUGUGAAGGGGAUAAAAUGGUUUAUCAGCUCUCAGUGAAAGCACUUGCAAACUUUGUAAACAAAGAGAAGACUGGAGGAGUUGUCAAGGCCAUUGCUGGGAAACGGGCUGAGUUUUUGUCUGAGACCUCCGAGGCCAACAUCAUGGUGAAGUGGUACAAGGAUGGGAAGGAGAUCACAGCCAGCAAGAAAUUCACCAUGGAAGACAAAGGAAAACUGCACAAGCUUGUGGCUUCGGCUGUGACAAAAGAAGAUGAAGGAACUUACACCUGCAAAAUCGGGGAUGACACCCUUACUUUUGAUUUAAAAGUCUCAGAUGAAGCUGUUACUUUUGUCAACAAGCCCAAAACGACUCCAGAAGUAUCAGUCAGUCCUUCUGAGAGCCUGGAGCUGGUGUGUGAGGUGUCAGCUGCGGGUGGGGCCGUGGUGUGGAGGAAGGAUCAGACUGAGGUGAAGCAGGACCAGAGGACAACAAUCGUCUGCCAGGGGACACAACGCAAGCUCAUCAUCAAGAAGGUGACACAGCAAGACCAAGGCAGCUACACCUGUGAGACAAAGGACGACAGAACAACAUUCCAAGUCAAAGUCAGAGAGACAGAGGUUGUGUUUACAAACAAGGAGAAGGUGCAGAAAGAGGUGAAGGCUGCACAGUCAGAAAAUGCCAUGCUGAGCUGCGAGGUGGCCCAGGAGAAAACGGAGGUGAAGUGGUACAAGGAUGGGAAACUCAUCACCUCCAGCAAGAAGUUCAAGGUGGAGUCCGAGGGCAAAUCGCGUCGUCUGGUGGUGGGUCAGGUGGAGAAGAAAGAUGCAGGGGAGUACACCUGUGAGGCUGCUGGCCAAAAACUCACCUUCAAGAUUGAUGUCACAGAGGCAGAAGAUGCCUUUAUCCACAAGGAGAAGGUGCAGAAAGAGGUGAAGGCUGCACUGUCAGAAAAUGCCACGCUGAGCUGCGAGGUGGCCCAGGAGAAAACGGAGGUGAAGUGGUACAAGGAUGGGAAACUCAUCACCUCCAGCAAGAAGUUCAAGGUGGAGUCCGAGGGCAAAUCGCGUCGUCUGGUGGUGGGUCAGGUGGAGAAGAAAGAUGCAGGGGAGUACACCUGCGAGGCUGCUGGCCAAAAACUCACCUUCAAGAUUGAUGUCAAAGAGCCAGAAGUUGUGUUUACAAACAAGGAGAAGGUGCAGAAAGAGGUGAAGGCUGCACUGUCAGAAAAUGCCACGCUGAGCUGCGAGGUGGCCCAGGAGAAAACGGAGGUGAAGUGGUACAAGGAUGGGAAACUCAUCACCUCCAGCAAGAAGUUCAAGGUGGAGUCCGAGGGCAAAUCGCGUCGUCUGGUGGUGGGUCAGGUGGAGAAGAAAGAUGCAGGGGAGUACACCUGCGAGGCUGCUGGCCAAAAACUCCCCUUCAGGAUUGAUGUCACAGAGCCCAAACCUGCAUUUAUAAACCAGGAAAAGGUCCAGAAGGAGGUGAAGGCUGUCCUGACAGAAAGUGCCACCCUCGUGUGUGAGGUAGCACAGGAUACAACUGAAGUGAAGUGGUACAAGGAUGGAAAACUGCUCGUUUCCUCUCGGAAAUUCAAAAUAGAGACCUUGGGCAAGUCCCGGCGCCUGGUGGUGGAGCAGCUGGAGAAGAAGGAUGCUGGGGAAUACAUCUGUGAGGCUGCAGGCCAGAAGAUGACCUUCAAACUGGAACCAACUGAACCAGAGGCUAAAUUUGAAAAGAAAGUUGUCCAGAAAGAGCCUCUCAUUGUUCAAGAACAUGAAAGCAUCACACUGACAACCUCAGUCACGCCUGAAACCGCUGCAGUGAGGUGGUUCAAGGACGGCACAGAAAUCAAGGCGAGCAAGAAAUGUGUGAUCAAAAGUGAGGGGGCAUCCAGGACGCUGACAGUGAACGCAGCUGAGAGCACAGACUCUGCCCUCUACACCUGCCAGACAAAGGAUGACAAGCAGGAAUUCAGAGUCCAGGUGAAAGAAAUCCCGGUGAAGUUUGCCAAGAAGCUGGAGGCCGUGAAAGCUGAGAUUGGUGGCAGCGUGUCCCUGAGCUGUGAGCUGAGCCACGCCAAAGGGAAGGUGACGUGGAGCAGGAAUGGUGUGGAGAUCAAGGCCAGCAAGCGUUUCCAGAUCCAUGAGGAGGGGAUCAAACGGACCCUGACGAUAACGGGGAUCCGGGCUGAGGACGAGGGAGAAUAUUCCUGCGAGUCCAGGGAUGACAAGAGCAGCAUCACCAUCGUCCCCAAACCUCCCAGAGUGGUGAAAUUCGUCACAAGUCUCAACAGCGUGGUGUCUGAGGAAGGAAAAGAGGCUGUGUUCAAGUGCACUGUCUCCCCCAGUGAUGCUGUGGUCACCUGGCUCAGGAAUGGUGCCAAGAUUGAAGCCAGCAAGAAGUACGUGAUCUCUCAGAAGGACACCAACCACAGCCUCACCAUCACUGACCUGACACUGGAAGAUGCAGCUGAAAUCACUGCCAAUGCUGAGGGCGUGGAAAGCACAGCCAACCUCAGAGUCAGAGAGGCCUCAAUCUCCUUCAAGAAGAAGCUGGAACCCAAAACAGUUGAGGAGAGGGAGACAGUGACCCUGGAGGUAGAGCUGACCAAGCCUGCAGAGGUGAAGUGGAUGAGGAACAGCCUUGUGCUGAAGCCCAGUGACAAAAUAGAGAUCAAAGCUGAGGGAACAAAGCACACCUUGGUGGUCAAGGACAUCUCCUUUGCAGACCGGGGCUUCUACUGCUGCGAGAGCCCCGACGACAAGACCCAAGCCAAGAUCAAUGUGGAAAUGAGGCAGAUCAAGCUGGUGAAAGGCCUUCAGCCCCUGGAGGUGGCUGAGAAGGGGACUGUCACCUUCGAGGUGGAGGUGUCCCACGAGGACGUGGAGGGGACCUGGCAGAAGGAUGGUGUUCGUCUGAAACCUGCACCCAACGUCAGCUUCGGUGUCCUGGGCAAGAAACACUCCCUGACUCUCUCCUCGGUGGCUCUGGAAGAUGCAGGACUCAUCUCCUUCAAAGCAGAGGGCAUUAACUCAUCAGGGAGGCUCACUGUGAAAGAAUUGCCUGUGAGGAUCAGCAAACCUUUGGCAGAUGUCAGUGUAACUCAGAAGCUCAAGGCCACAUUCGAGUGUGAGCUGUCCAAACCCAAUGCCAGUGUGAAGUGGUUCAAGGAUGGGAAGGAGAUCCGGCAAAGUAAAAACAUUGGGAUUAUCUCCCAAGGAAAUAAGAGAAGCCUCAUUAUUCACAAGUGUGAAUAUGAAGACCAGGGAACCUAUACAUGUCAAGCAGCUGAAGACAAGACAUCAGCUACUCUAAAGGUUCAUGCCCGAGAUGUCAAGAUUGUAAAACCACUGGAAGAUGUGGAAGUGAACGAAUAUGAGAGUGCAUCUUUCAUCUGUGAGAUCUCACACGACGAGGUGGAAACCCAGUGGUACAAAAAUGACAACAAGCUGAAGACUUCUGACAACAUCAAAAUGCGGCAGGAUGGAAAGACGUAUUCCCUGACGUACACACGUGUCCAGGUCGAGGAUGCGGCUGAGAUCAAAUUCGUAGCAGAAAAGGCAGAAUCUCGUGCUCACCUGACUGUAAAAGAGCUGCCCAUAAAAAUCGUGAAGCCCUUGCGGGAUAAGAUUGCCCUGUGGAAGCACCGGGGCGUCCUGGAGUGCCAGGUGUCCCGAGCCAAUGCCAAGGUCAGGUGGUUCAAAAAGGAUGUGGAAAUUCACCCCGGUAAAAAAUACGAGAUCGUGAGCGAGGGCGUCUAUCGGAAACUCGUCAUCAACGACGCCGACUACGAGGAUGAGGACACGUACACCUGUGAUGCCUUCGAUGACAAAACCAGUGCUAAUUUCUUUGUUGAAGAGCAAGCCAUUAAUAUUGUAAAAGAAUUGUGUGAUGAGGACGUGACUGAGCCUGAAGAAGCCAAUUUUGAAUGUGAGACAUCCAUUCCAUCUGUGAAACCUGCCAAGUGGUUCCUGAAGGGAGCAGCCUUGCAGGCUGGCAGAAACAUCAUCAUGCAGCAGGAGGGCACCAUCCACAGGCUGACAAUAAUAAGAACAAGUGUUGAUAUGACAGGCACCAUCCAGUUCUCUAUUGGCAAAUCCAAAUCCACGGCAAACCUGCUCGUCAGAGAUUACCACAUCCAGAUCACCAGGAAGCUGGAGGACAAGACCGUCCUGGAGCGACACUCGGUCAUCCUGUCCUGUGACUUCAGGCCUUCCCCAAAGCACGUCAAGUGGUUCAAGGGCCAAGUGCUCAUUGAGCCCUCGGAGAAGUACAAAAUCAAGAGGGACCAGUACUCAGCAGAGCUGAAGAUCAUGAAGGUAAAGCCUGAGGAUGCUGGCGUGUACAAGUGCAGGGCUGGGAUCGCCGAGACCGAAGCCACGCUGAGCGUUGAAGGUACGAGAGGUUUGCAGCAGCAGGGCUGGCCUGGUGCUGGUCUUUAUGGUUGUCUGUUUCACUCAAGGUUCCUCCUCCUGAGGAGAGGUAGAUUCCCGCAGUUAUCUUCUAAUUUUAUCAAGUGUGCAGGGGACUACCACCUGAGUGGGGCAGAGAAACCUGCUGUCUUCAUGAAGUCCUUGGAUGAUGUUUUUGGUGAGGAGCGAGGAGUGAUCAAACUGGAAUGUGAAGUCUCCAAAGAGAAGGUCAAACCUGUUUGGAAAAAGGAUGGUGUGAAGAUCACUUCUAGCAAGAAGUAUGAGGAGAUACAGUCUGGGAAGACCCUCUGCCUCCUUAUCCAUGACCUUGAAAAGACAGAUGCGGGGUUAUACACCUGUGACAUCGGCACUGAUGUUGCCAAAUCAAAGGUCAGCGUUCAGGAACUGAACAUUGGCAUCACCAAAAGGCUCAAGAACACUGAAAUCCAGGAAGGAGAAGAUUGCACUUUUGAGUGCAUUUUGUCCCACGAAAGUAUUGAUGACUUCAACUGGAUGCUGAACGGGAGAAAAGUAGAAAGUGGGGGGAGGUUUAAAGCCUCCAAUGCUGGUCGGAAAUACACACUGAGUAUCAAAAAUGUGAUUCCUGGUGACACUGGGGAAGUCAUCUUCACUGCCCGUGGUCUCACCUCCAAGGCUUCCCUGGUUGUGAAAGAAAAACCUACAGAGGUUACAAAACAGCUGGAGGAUAAAACAUCACCAGCAGGGCAGGACAUCAACCUGAGCUGUGAGCUGUCCAAAGCUGAUGUGACCAUCAGGUGGUACAAGGAUGGCAAAGCAAUCAGGAAAAGCCAGAAAUACGACCUGCAGCAAGAGGGGACACGGGCCACUCUCAUCAUCCGAGACUCCACAGUCAAGGACAGUGGGGAAUACACCUGUGAGACUGAGACCUCCAAAACAACAGCCAGGAUCACAGUGCAAGAAAAACCUAAUUAUUUCGUCAAAGAACUCUCAGACCUGAAAGUGGAUGAAAGUGGAACUGCAGUUUUUGUGUGCCAGAGUGAGAGAGCUGCAUCCUCUGUGGUCUGGAGGAAAGGCAUCGCUGAGCUCAGGGCUGGCAGGAAAUACGAGAUCACACAGAAAGGACAAGUCCUCCAGCUGACCAUAAAGAACCUGGAGAAAAGCGACAGUGACACUUACAGUUGUGACAUUGGGGAUGCCCAGUCCAGAGCCAAGCUAACUGUGCAAGGCCAGAAAGUGCUAAUAACGGAAGACCUGGAGGAUGUCACUGUGUUAGAAGGAGAAUCUGCCAUGUUCAAGUGCAGAAUCUCUCCCGUAGACUAUAGCAGAGUGCAGUGGUUUUUGGAUAAAACCCCACUCCAUACCAAUGAACUUAAUGAGAUCCAGUCCCAGCCUGGUGGAUAUCACCUGCUAACGCUGAAAAAGCUCUCACUGAAGGACUCGGGGGUCAUUACAUUUGAAGCUGGUGAUAAGAAAACCUCUGCCAGUUUGGUUGUUAAAGAAACACCAGUUCUCUUCAAGCAAGAGCUCCAAAACGAAGAAGCCAAAGAAGGAAAGCAGGUCAGGCUGACCUGUGAGCUCAGCAAACCUGGUACCCCAGUGAAGUGGAUGAAGGGAGACACUGUUCUCUAUGCCAGUGAGAAGUAUGAAUUUAAGCAGCAUGGGACUGUGGCAGAGCUCAUAAUUCGAGAUGUGAAGUCUGUAGAUGCUGGGGACUACACCUGCAGUGCUGGGGAACUGAAAACCACUGCUCAGGUCAAAGUGAAUGCUGUGCCUGUGCUUUUCAAACAAGCCCUGGAGAACACGGCUGUGGAAGAAGGGAAAUCCGUCUCCUUGCGCUGUGAACUCACAAAAGCUGAUGCCACCGUGGUGUGGAAGAAGGGAGAAGCCACGCUCCAGGCAAGUGCCAAAUAUGAAAUGAAGCAGAAGGGGACAGUGGCAGAGCUGGUGAUUCAUAAUGCAGAGCCAGAAGAUGCGGGAAGAUACACCUGUGACACUGGAGACCAGCAGACCACAGCCCAAGUCCAAAUCCAUGCUGUGUCCGUGCUCUUCAAGGAAGAGCUGAAGCCCGUGGAAGCUGUGGAAGGUGGGACAGCCACCCUGAGGUGCCAGCUGGGCGCAGAGGCCCCCGUGGAGUGGAGGAAGGGGCAAACUCUUCUCCGGGCCAGUAACAAGUACAAGAUGAGGCAGGAGGGCACCGUGGCUGAGCUGGUGAUCCACGACCUGGAGCCAAAGGAUGCUGGAGACUAUUCCUGUCUAGUGGGGAACCAAAAAACCACAGCAGCUUUGUCAGUGAAUGCCCUGCCAGUCCAUUUCAAGCAAGAGCUGAGGAAUGAGGAGGCCACGGAGAGCGGGACGGCGACGCUGCAGUGCGAGCUGAGCCGGCCGGGCGGCUCCGUGCAGUGGAGGAAGGACGGGAAGGCGCUGGUCCCAAACGGGAAGUACAAAACGCGGCGGGAAGGGCGCUUCGUCGAGCUGGUUAUCCAAGACCUCGACCUGACGGAUGCUGGGAGCUACACCUGCGUGUGUGGAGAGCAGGAGAGCACAGCUGCUUUGAGAGUGAAUGCCUUGCCUAUCCUCUUCCAAGAAGAACUGAUGAACAAGGAAGCUACAGAGGGAGAGGCAGUCACUUUGCACUGCAAACUGAGCAAAUCAGCCCCAGUUGAGUGGAAAAAGGGGAAUACGGUGCUCAAGCCGAGUGAAAAGUACAAAAUAGAGCAGGAAGGUCCCUUUGUGGAGCUGACAAUCCAGGAUUUGGAUUUGGCAGAUGCUGGGGAUUACAGCUGUGUGUGUGGAGACCGACAGACUACGGCUGCUCUGGCAGUAAAUGUCCUGCCUGCUCUUUUCACCAAGGGGCUCACGGACAAAGAAGCCACUGAGGGUAAAAGUGUCUCCCUGAGCUGUGAGCUGAACAAGGCUGCUGCUAACGUGGAGUGGAAGAAGGGCUUCAAGACCCUCAAGCCAAGUGACAAAUACAGAAUGAGGCGGGAAGGUGUCGUGGCUGAGCUUAUGAUCCAAAAUCUAGACACAGCGGAUGCUGGGAAUUAUUCCUGUGUGUGUGGAGACCAGCAGACCAUGGCAGUUUUAACAGUUCAUGCUUUGCCUGCAUUUUUCAAGGAAGGGCUGAAGAACAGGGAAGCCACAGACGGUGCUACAGCCACUCUGCACUGCGAGCUGAGCAAGGUGGGCGUCCCGGUGGAGUGGAAAAAAGGGGACAAGGCACUCAAACCAAGUGAAAAGUACAGGAUGAGACAGGAAGAUACAGCUGCAGAGCUGCUGAUCCGAGAUCUGGAGGUGGAAGAUACAGGAGAAUACACCUGUGUUUGUGGAGACCAGAAGACCUCGGCUGUCUUGACAGUCCACGCUCUGCCUGCACUGUUCAAAAGAGAUCUUGUCAAUGUGGAAGGCACAGAAAACAGAACGGCUGUUCUGCAGUGUGAGCUGAGCAAACCCACCCCGGUGGAGUGGAGGAGGGGGCAGGAGGUGCUCAGACCCAGUGAAAAAUACAAAAUGAGGCUGAAGGACACCACUGCUGAGCUGACCAUCCACAGCCUGGAGGAAGGAGAUGCAGGAGAUUACACCUGUGUGUGUGGGGACAAGACGACCACAGCUUCCCUGACAGUGCAUGCCCUCCCUCCUCACUUUAAGAAAGAGCUGAAGAACGUGGAAGGCACAGAAAAUGGCACGGCCACUUUCUGCUGUGAGCUGAGCAAGGCUGGAGCUGCCGUGGCGUGGAGGAAAGGAGACAAAACCCUGGGGACAAGUGACAAGUUCACCAUGAGAUGCCAGGGCACGGUGGCUGAGCUGGUGAUCCAUGAUUUAGUCCUGGGAGAUGCUGGAGAUUACACGUGCUCUUGUGGAGAGCAGGAAACCACGGCUGCGCUCAAAGUCAAUGCCCUGCCUGUGCACUUCCAGAAGGAGAUGAGGGAUGCAGAAGGCACAGAAGGUGCCACAGCCACCCUGCAGUGCGAGCUGUCCAGGGCUGCCUCCGUGGAGUGGAGAAAGAAACACAAAGUGCUCAAAGCCGGUGAAAAAUACACAAUGAGGCAGGAGGGCAGCAGGGCCCAGCUGCUGAUCCAUGCCCUGGAGGCCAGGGAUGCUGGGGAAUACACCUGUGUGUGUGGAGAGGAGAAGACAACAGCAGCACUGACAGUGCACGCCCUUCCUGCUCUGUUCAAAGAAGAGUUAAGAGAUGAGGAGGCUGAGGAGGGUGAAGCAGUGACUCUGCGCUGUGAGCUGACCAAACCUGCCCCAGUGGAGUGGAAGAAGGGACACACAGCCCUCAAACCUAGUGAGAAAUACAAAAUGAGGCAGAAGGAUGUCACUGCAGAGCUGGUGAUCCACGGUCUGACCCAGAGUGAUGCUGGGGAUUACACCUGUGUGUGUGGGGAGGAGCAGUCCACAGCUUCCUUGGCAGUACAUGUGCUGCCUGCAGGCAUCCAGGAGAGCCUGAAGGACGAGGAGGUGACCGAGGGGCAAGCGGCCACUCUGAGGUGUGAGCUGACCAAAGCUGCCCCCGUGGAGUGGAGGAAGGGCAGCACUUUGCUCAAAGCCAGUGACAAGUACAAAAUGAGGCAGGAGGGCACGGUCAGGAAGCUGCUUAUCCAGGAUGUGGAAUUGAAAGAUGCUGGAGAGUACACGUGUGUGUGUGGAGAGCAGGAGACAACAGCGGCCUUGAUAGUGCAUGCCCUGCCAGCCCUUUUCAAAGAAGACCUGAAGGACCUGCAAGCCACGGAAAGCCAAACAGCCACUCUGCGCUGUGAGCUGAGCAAGGCUGCAGCUGUGGCGUGGAAGAAAGGGAACAAAAUACUCAGGGCAAGUGAAAAAUACAUCAUGAGGCAGGAGGGUGCCCUGGCAGAGCUGGAAAUCCGUGACCUAGAGCUGCAGGAUGCAGGAGAUUACACCUGUGUGUGUGGGGAGCAGCAGAGCACAGCCUCUCUGACAGUGAAGGCCCUGCCAGUGUUUUUCAAGGAGGAGCUGAAGGAUGAAGAAGCCCAAGAAGGAGCAUCAGUGACUCUGAGAUGUGAAUUAACCAAAGGAGCUCCUGUGCAGUGGAAAACAGGGCCCAAAGUGCUCAAAGCAAGUGACAAAUAUCAAAUGAGACAGUCUGGCACCACUGCAGAGCUGGUCAUUUGUGACCUAGAAGUAAAAGAUGCUGGAGAGUACACCUGUCUGUGUGGUGACCAGAAGACAACAGCAACCGUAACAGUUCAUGCUCUGCCACCACUCUUUAAGGAGGAGCUGAAGGACCAGGAAGCAGAAGAAGGUGGAGAAGUGUCCCUGCUCUGUGAGCUCUCCAAGGCUGCUCCGGUGGAGUGGCGCAAGGACCAGAGGAUCCUCAAACCAAGUGGGAAAUACAAAAUGAGGCAGGAAGGGCUCAAGGCAGAGCUGGUCAUCCAUGAAAUAGCUGAGGAGGAUGCAGGAGACUACACCUGUGUGUGUGGAGAGCACCAGACUACAGCUGUCUUGACAGUACAGGCUGUGCCUCCGUUUUUCCAAGAAGAAAUGACCAGCCAGGAAGGGGUAGAAGGUGGAACAGCCACUUUGCACUGUGAGCUGAGCAAAGCCCCUGCCCGUGUGCAGUGGAGGAAGGGCCAGCACAUCCUCACCUCGGGCACCAAGUACAGCAUGAGGCAGGAGGGACGUGCUGUGGAGCUGCUGGUCCAUGGCCUGGACCUGAGUGACACUGGGGACUAUUCCUGUGUGUGUGGAGACAAGAUCAGCACAGCUGCCUUAACAGUUCAUGUGCUGCCUCCAGAAUUCAAGAGAGAGCUGAAGGACCUGGAAGCUGUGGAAAAUGGCACAGCUGCUCUGCAGUGUGAGCUGACAAAACCUGCUGAGGUGGAGUGGAAGAAAGGGCAGGAGGUGCUCAAAAAGAGCAGAAAACAUGAAAUUAGUCAGGAUGGUGCUGUUGCAAAGCUGAUUAUCCACGAGCUGGAGGAGGAGGAUGCUGGAGUUUACACCUGUGUGUGUGGGGAUCAGCAGACAACUGCCACGCUGACAGUCAAUGCCCUACCAGCCCUUUUUAAACAAGAGCUUCAGGACACCGAGGCAGAAGAAAGUGGCACAGUGACCCUGAGGUGUGAGCUCACCAAACCCAAGGCUCCAGUGGAGUGGAGGAGAGGGGAUGUCACUCUCUACCCUGGUCUGAAAUACGAGAUGAAGCAGCAGGGCUGUGUUGCUGAAUUGGUCAUUUAUGACCUGGAAGUGGACGAUUCAGGGAUUUACACCUGCGACUCCGGACACCAGCGGACAACGGCUGUGCUGGCCGUGCAUGCACUGCCCAUCACGUUUAAGCAACCUUUACAAAAUGAGGAGUUUGAGGAAGGAAGCACAGCCACGUUCUGCUGUGAGCUGUCGAAAGCCAGUGCUGCAGUGGAAUGGAGGAAAGGAGGCGUGGGGCUGCAGCCCAGCCAGAAAUAUGAAAUGAGGCAGAGGGGAUGCCUGGUAGAGCUCUUGAUACACAACCUCAGAUUAGAAGACACAGGAGAAUACAGCUGUGACACAGGGGAUCAGGAAACCAGGGCAGCUCUGAAUGUGAAAGCUAUGCCAGUUCUUUUCCAAAAGCAGCUCAAAGAUGAGGAGGCAGAAGAAGGAGCUGCAGUGAAAUUCCAGUGUGAGCUGACAAAGGAUAACGCGGCCGUGGAGUGGAGGAAAGGCACUAUGGAGCUCUUCCCGUGUGCCAAAUAUCAAAUUAAAUUAAGUGGGCGCACAGCUGAGCUUGUGAUCCAUAAUGUGGAGCCAGAGGAUGCCUCUGAUUACACUUGUGACACAGGAGACCAGCAGAGCACUGCAGUCCUCAGAGUGAAUGCCAUCAAACCGCAGCUGAAGCAGCAGCUGAGGAACGAGGAGGUGGAAGUGGGAGGAACAGCCAGGCUGCGCUGCGAGGUUUCCGUCAGCAAAGCAGAAGUGGAGUGGAGGAAGGAUGGAAUCCUGCUGCACUCCAGCUCCAAGUAUGAAAUGUGGCAGGAUGGGACCCUCAGGGAGCUCCGUGUUCACCACCUGCAGCCUGGGGAUGCUGGGGAAUAUUCCUGCAAGGCUGGAGACCAGACGAGCUCUGCCAAACUCACCGUGAAAGAGCCCGACGUGACCAUCGUGAGCGGCCUCAAGGACAUGGUGGUGGCCGAAGGGGACGAUGUCACCUUCCGGUGCCAGGUUUCCCACGAGAACGCCAGGGACGUGGAAUGGAAGCUGCAGGAUGUGGCUCUGCAGAACAACGAGAUGAACGAGAUCUCGGUGGAAGGGGGCAAGAUCCACACCCUGACCCUGAGGAAGGUGACAGAGCAGGACAUUGGCACCGUCACCUUCCGGGUGGGACCCCACACGUCGACAGCAGAGCUCACGGUGAAAGCUUCUCCAGUCACCUUCACGCAACCACUCCAGAACCAACAAGCUGAGGAAGGUGGCACUGUCACUCUGAGCUGUGAGGUCUCCAAACCCAACACCGCUGUGCAGUGGAAGAAGGCGGGGACGGUGCUGCGAGCCAGUGACAAAUACAGGAUGCGUCAGGAGGGGGCCGUGGCCGAGCUGACCAUCCACAACCUGAGCCAAGCUGAUGCUGGGGAGUACACCUGUGACACAGGGGACCAGCAAACCACGGCAGCAGUGCAGCUGAAAGAAGCAGCAGCCACCAUCGUGGAGAGGCUGAGGGACGUGGCCACGUACGAAGGAGAAGACGCGGUGUUCGAGUGCAGGCUGUCCCGGGAAACAGCUCAGGAUGCCCAGUGGUUCCUGGGGGAUGUUCCCCUGCAAUCCAACGAAAUGAACGAGAUCAGAGUGCAAGGGACACGCCACAGCUUGAUCUUGAGGAAGGUGACCCUGGAAGACUGUGGGUCCAUCAGUUUCAGAGUGGGGCAGCACUCAUCAGCAGCGCAGCUGAAGGUGGAAGCUGCCCCGGUCACCUUCGUGAAGGCGCUGCACAACCUGGAGCUGCAGGAGGGUGGCACUGCCCACCUGUCCUGCGAGGUGUCCAAGCCUGAUGUCCCUGUGGAGUGGAAGAAGGGCACGACUGUGAUCCAGUCCAGCCACAAGUGCAGCAUCCAGCAGGAGGGCAAGGUGCACACCCUGCUCAUCCGCGACCUGAACCGCGCCGACUCCGGGGAGUACAGCUGCCACACGGCUGCUGGCAAGACCACGGCCAGACUGGAGGUCAAAGGCCUGCCCGUGCUGUUCCAGCAGUGGCUGAGGAACGAGGAGGUGGAGGAAGGGCGCACGGCCGUGCUGCACUGCGAGCUGACACGGCCGCACGCGCGCCUGGAGUGGCGCAAAGGGGACGCGGUGCUGCAGCCCGGGGACAAGUACGAGAUGCGCCAGGAGGGGACACGAGCCGAGCUCCUCAUCUACGAGGCUGAGGCUCAGGAUGCUGGAGAGUACACCUGUGACUCGGGGGAUCAGCAGACCACGGCUUCGCUGCAGGUCAAAGUACUGCCAGUGCUGUUUAACAAAGAGCUGAAAAACGUAGAGGCUGAAGAAGGGGGAACGGCAGUUUUGCACUGUGAGAUCUCCAAGCCGGAUGCUCCCGUUGAGUGGAGGAAAGGAGGGGUGGUCAUUCAGCCCAGUGACAAGUACGAGGUGAAGCUGAAGGGCAGCGUGGCUGAGCUGAUCAUCCGUGGUGUAGAACCUGAUGACUGUGGGGAUUAUACCUGCAGCACUGGAUACGAGAUCACCACAGGGUCUGUGUAUGUGCAAGAAGAAGCAGCCGUGAUAGUGUCUGGUUUAAGGAGCACAGACGUCUUUGUGGGCGAGUCGGCCACGUUCACCUGCGAGCUCUCGCACCCGGGCGUGAAGAACGUGCAGUGGUGGCUCGAUGGGACCCCCCUCCACAACAACCUGGUGACUGAAAUCUCUGAGCAGGACGGCAGGAUCCACACUUUAACCCUAAAUGACGUGGCGUGCCACGACUCGGGCACUGUCACCUUCAGAGCUGGGUCCCUUAUAUCCUCAGCUAAAUUAUUAGUCAAAGGUAUUUCCCUGUCAGCAAGAAACACGUGGCCACCUCUGGACUUGCUCCAUGUGCUGGUGCUUCUGCCUGCCAGGCUACCCUUACCAAAUCCCUUCAUGGUCCUCCUGUGCCCUGCAACCCUCCCACUCUGCAAGGCACCCACUCUCACCCCAGAAUUCUUCUGGGUACGGUGGCGCCUGCAGUUCUUGCAGCCCCUCAGGGAUGUGGAAGUGUCUCUGGGGGAAAAAGCAACAUUUAGCUGUGUCCUGAGUGAAGCUGUGCCAGUUAAUGAAGUGGCCUGGUACAGCAAUGACACAGAGAUCCAGCCGGGUGAGGACUGGGAGGUACAAGCAGAUGGAAACAAAUACAAACUUAUUCUGAAAAAAGCCCAACUGCAUCAUUCUGGAGAGGUGACCUUUGCUUCCAGGGAGGCCAUUUCAUCAGCCAAGCUUUCUGUGAUUGCCCUCCCCGAGCCACCCGAAGAGCCAGAAGUUCUAAGUCAGAGCAGCCACUCUGUCACCCUGUCCUGGCACAAGCCGCUGGGUGACGGCAGCCAGGACAUCCUGGGCUACAAGGUGGAGAGGAAAAUCCCAGGAGUUGGCUGGCAGUCCUGCAGAGAGGGCCUCAUCCAAAACACGGAGCUCACGGUGGAUGGCCUCGCCCCGGGGGAGCCCUACAGAUUCCGAGUGUCGGCCGUAAAUAAAGCGGGGGCCAGCGAGGCGGUGCACUUCCCCCAGAUGGUGCGGUUAGAGCCUCCAGUUACCAUCACCCAACCUUUGGUGGGAGGAUCUGUCUCGGAAGGGGGGGUGGCUCGCCUGGAGUGCACGUUAUCAAGUAAAACUGAGGAGAAAGUGACUUGGUUCAAGGGAAAAGAGCAAAUAAAAGCUGGAGGGAGAUACGAGAUCCUCUCUGAUGGAACAAAGCAGAUACUCAUUAUCCGUGGAUUUAAACCUGAGGAUCAGGACAGCUACACCUGCAUGGCUUCUCCAGAAGUCAAAUCUGUUGCCAGCCUGUGUCUUGAAGUUCCCACAGUGUCGAUGCUGAAGGAGAUUGCCAGAGAAGCUCCCCCUGCCAGCCGGGCUGAAGAGCAGGUGGAUGGACACAUCCAGCCCAGCCUGCCCCCUGAAGCUGCCCAGGAGGGAGAUCUUCACCUCCUGUGGGAAGCCCUGGCCAAGAAGCGCCGUAUGAGCCGGGAGCCCACCUUGGAUUCCAUCAGCGAGGUGCCUGAGGAGGAUGAGAAGCUUCAGAAGCUGAGGAAGGAGGAAGCAGAGAUGUCUCACUACUACUCGGAGGAGUACUCCACGUGUGACGAGCUGGCCAGGACAGGAGAGGCAGAUUUCUCUUUCACAAGCUCUGAUGAUGAGUCCAGAGCUGGGACUCCUUCCCUAGUAAACUACCUCAAGAAAGCUGGGAAAAAGAGCACCAGCAUUACCAGCAAGGUUCAGUCCACCUCCACAGGAAAACUAUGGAAACAGUGGGAGACAUCCACAGUGGAGACCACUGUGACCACCACAGCAGCUCAGCCAGCUGAACCAGAGCUGCCAGAUUUAGAUGAUCCCUCCAUGAACAAGGCGGCUGUGAAGAUCCAAGCCGCUUUCAAAGGCUACAAAGUCAGAAAAGAGAUCAAGCAACAAGAGUGCCCAGUGUUUACUGAGACCUUCAAAGACUUCUCUGGAGAGCCUGGAAGCACCCUGCACUUGGAGUGUGUGGCCCACAGCAAAACUGACAUGAAUGUGCGCUGGCUGAAAGAUGGGAAGGAGCUCUCGGAUGGCCGCUACUACCACAUAGACAACUACAGCGAUGGCACCUGCUCCUUGAUUAUCGCUGGCCUGGACAGGAAGGAUGCAGGUAAAUACACCUGUGAGGCAUCCAAUAAGUUUGGCAAGGUCUCACACAGCGCUAAGGUGGUGGUUGGCACUCAGGAAGCUCAAGUUCUUGCUAAGGAGAAGAGGAGUAAGCAGAGCACCGACAGCGAGACGGAGAGCUCGUCCGGCAGCGAGCUGGACGACGCUUUCCGAAAAGCAGGAAGGAGACUCCACAGACUCUUCAGGGCCAAGAUCUCCACGGAGAUCUCGGAUGUGGAGGAAGAGCUCUUUGUCAGCGCAGAUGAAGGGGACAUAGACGUGGUUGACCACCAGACGUACCGUGAGGAUGACCAGUACAUCUACAUCAAGUUUGAAAUCAUGUCUGAGGCCAAAACAGCCGCCACGCGGUUCAGAGAGAUGUUUGGCGCUCUGGGAAUUCCAGUGGAGAUCGACAUCUUGGAACAAGGCCCGAAAAAAAUCGAAUUGCGCAUUGGGAAGGCAUCACCUCCCACCUUUGGGAAGUUUCCACCUCCAGUAGCGAGACCUCCACCACCUUUGCUGACUUCUGACACAGCCCCCAUGUUCAUGACCGAGCUCCAAAACCAAGAGGUCCAGGAUGGGUACCCAGUGAGCUUCGACUGCAUCGUCAUUGGCAAACCCCUGCCCACGGUUCGCUGGUUCAAGGACGGCAAAGCUAUUGAGGAGAACGAUCACUACAUGAUCAACGAGGACCAGGAAGGGUGUCACCAGCUGAUCAUCACCGCCGUGGUGCCCACGGACAUGGGCGUCUACCGCUGCCUCGCUGAGAACAACAUGGGGGUGGCUUCAACCAAGGCUGAGCUUCGUGUGGACUUGACCAGCACGGACUAUGAGACAGCAGCAGAUGCAACUGAGACAUCAUCUUAUUACAGUGCCAAGGAAUAUAUUUCAAGCCGAGAACAGGAGGAAUCCACCACUGAGGAGGAGCAGUUGCCCCAGAUCUUUGAUGAGCUUCAUGAUAUUCACGUGGCACCUGGAGCAUCGCUGGCUAAAUUUCACCUAAAGGUGAAAGGGUACCCUCAGCCUCGUCUCUAUUGGUUCAAAAAUGGGCAGCCCCUGAAGGCCUCAGACCGUAUCCUCAAGACUGACAGGCAGGAAUUCCACUCCCUGGAAAUCCGCGACGUCACCAAAGCAGACGCCGGCCAGUACUUGAUAUUUGUCAUCAACUCUGCUGGCUCUGCGUAUUCCUCAGCCAGGCUGGUAGUCAAAGAUCCUUAUGAGAAAGAAGAGCCAUCCAAAACAGAUUCCCAUGAGCAGCUGAUACCGCCAAGAUUCCUUGAAAGAUUUACAAACAAAAAGGUGAAAAAGGGUGCAAGCAUCACAUUAUCUGUCAAAGUUGAAGGACAUCCACCACCAACAGUCACUUGGAUGAAAGAAGAGUCUCGGGAAGACAUCCUGUGGAUCAAACCAGACACUCCUGGGUACAAACUGGCCAGCUCCAACAUGCACCACAGCCUGAUCCUGCUGGAUGUCAAGAAGAAGUACAGUGGAGCUUACACCUGCAUUGCCACCAACAAGGCUGGCCAGUCCAUCUGCACUGCCAACCUGGAAGUUGCAGACGUGAAAGAGGCUGAAGUCCUGACCCAGGAGCGUGUGAUGGUGUCAGAAGCCAUCAUGACCACACUGGGAACUAUUCAGUCCUCUGAAGGAGACCUUGAAGCUGGCAGAGAAGGUGUGCCCAAAAGCCCUAUUUCAUUAGCUGAUGUUGGCUCAGAAGAGUUCUUCCAGAAACUCACCUCACGUAUCUCAGAAAUGGUAUCUGCAAAAAUAACUCAGGCUAAACUUCGAGUACCGGGUGCAGAAAGUGAUGAUGAGUCAAGAACUCCCUCUGCAUCUCCUCGCCAUGGACGAUCCAGACCUUCAUCCAUUGCUCAGGAAUCCUCCUCUGAAUCUGAAGAUGGGGAUUCCAGAGGGGAGAUCUUUGAUGUCUACAUGGUCACUGCUGACUACGUGCCCGCGGCGCCGGACAAGGAGACCAUCACCCUGAAGGAAGGACAAUAUGUGGAAGUCCUGGAUUCAGCUCAUCCUCUGAAAUGGUUGGUCAGGACUAAACCCACGAAAUCGAGUCCCUCUCGACAGGGUUGGGUGUCUCCAGCUUAUCUGGACAAGAAAUUAAAGUUGUCACCAGAGUGGGGAGCAACAGAAAUUCCAGAGUUUCCUGGAGAGUUUGUUUCUGAAGAUGAAUACAAAAGGAAGCUAAGUGUUCUCAUUCAGGAGCUGUUGAUCUCAGAGGAAGAUUACAUUCAGGAUUUACAGUUCCUCCAGACUCAUCACCUUAGGUACACUGAGACCUGUCCCAGUGUGCCAGGAGCUGUUGCCAGUCAGAAAUCCACCAUCUUCAGGAAUAUUGAUGACAUUGGUCGCUUCCAUUCCAGCGUGUUCCUGCGGAGCCUGCAGGGCUGUGACACUGACGAUGACGUGGCCAUGUGCUUCAUCAAGCACGAAGCAGAGUUUAGCAGGUACAUCCAGUACCUGGUGGGAAGGGUCCAGGCAGAGUCAAUUGUUGUCAGCAAAGCUGUCCAGGAUUUCUACAAGAGAUACACAGAUGAAUUUUUAACUAAUGAAGAUCCCUCACAGCCACUUAUCCCACCACUGCAGCACUACCUGGAAAAACCCAUAAACAGAAUCCAGCAGUACCAGACAAUAAUUAAGGAAUUAAUCCGAAACAAGGCCAGAAACAGCCAGAACUGCACUUUGCUGGAGCAGGCCUAUGCCAUUGUGUCUGCCCUCACCCGGAGAGCAGAGAACAACCUCCACGUCUCACUCAUUGAGAAUUAUCCAGGGACCCUGGAGAGCCUUGGGGAGCCCAUCCGCCAGGGCCACUUCAUUGUGUGGGAAGGAGCUCCAGGAGCUCGAAUGGCGUGGAAAGGACACAAAAGACAUGUUUUCCUCUUCAAAAAUUACAUUGUGAUCUGCAAACCAAAGCGAGACACGAAGACUGACACCUACAGCUACAUCUUCAAGAACAUCAUGAAGCUGAACAACAUAGAUGUGAAUGACCUGGUGGAAGGGGAUGACCGGGCCUUUGAGAUCUGGCACGAGCGCGAGGACUUGGUGCGCAAGUACCUGCUGCAGGCGCGGACCGUGAACAUCAAGAACUCCUGGGUGAAGGAGAUCUUGGGCAUCCAGCAGAGGAUCAGUGAGCCCAUCUGGAUCCCUCCAGACUUUGAGGAAGAACUGGCAGACUGCACAGCUGAGCUGGGAGAGACAGUCAAGCUGGCCUGCAAGGUGACAGGAGCUCCCAAGCCAUCCAUCAGCUGGUACAAAGAUGGAAAACCCGUGGAGGUGGAUCCCCACCACAUUAUAAUAGAAGAUCCUGAUGGUUCCUGCACACUGAUCUUGGACAACCUGACAGGGGCUGACACAGGACAGUACAUGUGCUUUGCUUCCAGUCCUGCUGGGAAUGCCAGCACCUUGGGAAAGAUCCUUGUUCAAGUGCCCCCACGGUUUGUGAACAAGGUCAGAAAUGCUUAUCUUGUCGAGGGUGAAGAUGUCCAGUUCACCUGCACUGUGGAAGGAGCACCCAGGCCUCAGAUCAGGUGGUACAAGGAUGGGGUGCUGCUGAAGGACACCAGUAAAUACCAGACUUUCAGUGAACCACGGAGUGGCAUCGCAGUCCUGGUGGUCAAGAACCCUUCCAAUGAAGAUAUGGGGCACUAUGAAUGUGAGCUGAUGAACAGAUUAGGGUCUGCCAAAAGUGGAGCAGAGCUUUACCACCACAGCGCCGCAGCCCUGACCCAGGAGAGGAGAGGAGACCAAGCCAUCACCAUUGAAGGAAUGACUUCCCCCCAGUCAGAGACGGAGACUACUGUGCAGGCCUCGCUGCAGCGUGCUGAUCAGGAGAUCAAGACAGCCCUGAAAAAGCUGCUGGACUCGGCGUCGCUGCUGGUGACUCUUCCCCCGGGCAUGCGAGGAGGUGCUGGCCUUGGCCUUGGCCCUCCCGGCUCUGCUCCUUCAUUGCCCUCAGGGGCAGCAGCCGGGCCCUCUGUGGCAGUUCAUGAAGCCAGCACCCAAACCCAGACUGCUGCAGGCCAUGCCAAAGUUCAGAGGGAGGUUCCAGCUGAAGAAGCAGGGGUGCCAAAGCCCAGCCCUGCUCCUUCCCGGGAAGAGGAGGCUGCUGGAGGGGAAAGCGCUCAGGAACGCACUGUUCCCAUCGACAGAACAUCCCCAGAUGCAGGGGCAGGAGGCUGGUACAGGAGAGAAGGAGACGUGGUCUGGGAUAUGCACAGUGAAGUUUACAUCGAGACCACAGAAAGAACUCGUGUGUACAAGACUGAGGAGAAGACUCCAACAAGUCCUCCCUACAUGCAAGUGACAAUAGAGGACGUGCAGGUGAACUCUGGGGAACGUGCCAAAUUCCAGGCAGUCAUUGAAGGAACCCCUCAGCCCACAGUUCUGUGGUUCAAGGGCACUUCACUGCUGACAGACAGUGACAGGGUCCAUCAGGGCAAGGAAGGAACAACGUAUUUCUUAGUUGUGGACAAUGCUGCCCUGGAAGAUGGUGGUGUUUAUACCUGUGUUGCCAAAAAUGCAGGAGGGGAGGUUUUGUGCAAAGCAGAGCUCGUCGUACGUGAAGCCAAGAAAGACCAAGAAGGAAAGAAAGUGGCCACCAGGAGAAAGCUCCAUGCCCAUUAUGAGGUUAAGCAGGAGAUUGGAAGGGGCUGCUUCAGCUUCGUGAAACGGGUGGUGCACAAAGGGACCAGGGUGUCCUGUGCUGCCAAAUUCAUCCCUCUGCGGAGCAAAACCAAGUCUCGAGCCCAUCAAGAGAGGGAUAUUCUUGCCUCUCUGUCCCACGACAGAAUUACCAGGCUCCUGGAUGAGUUUGAAACACGAAAAACGCUGAUUUUGAUUCUGGAGUUAUGCUCCAAUGAAGAGCUCCUGGACCGUUUAUUCAAGAAGAGUGUGGUCACUGAAGCUGAGGUCAAACUGUACAUCAAGCAAAUUUUGGAAGGAAUCAAAUAUCUUCACGACAACAACAUCCUUCAUUUGGACAUCAAGCCACUGAAUAUCCUCAUGGUUUAUCCUGAGAGGGAAGACCUGAAGAUCUGUGACUUUGGGUUUGCCCAGAGGAUCACGCCCGUGCAGCCUCAGUACAGCAAAUACGGCUCUCCAGAGUUUGUUGCCCCAGAAAUUGUCUCCCAGUCACCAGUGUCAAAAGCAACUGAUAUCUGGGCUGUUGGAGUCAUCACAUAUUUAAGCCUCACGUGCAAGUCUCCAUUUGCUGGGGAGAACGACAGGAAAACUCUCCUAAAUAUCCAGAACGGGGAAAUUUCAUGGACCAUUCCUGAUGUUGUUCACUUGAGUGAAGAUGCAAGGGACUUCAUGAAAGGGAUCCUGCAGCAGCACCCCAAAUCCAGGCCGAGUGCUUUGGACUGUCUUUCCCACAAAUGGUUCAUGCACAACGUCCCUCUUGAAGCAGCUCAUUUCAUUAACACCAAACAGCUCAAAUUCAUUGUGGCUCGGAGCAAGUGGCAGCGCUCCCUGAUGUGCUACAAAUCCAUCCUGGUGAUGAGGUCCAUCCCAGAAAUCCUGGAAAGGACCCACGACAACAGCUCCCUGGCCAUCUCCCGACACCUCAUUGAGGAAAGCACUUCAUCCAGCACCAGUGGCUCCUCUUCAGACAACGAGAACUCGAAUUUCCCCCAAAAGAGGCACUUUGGCUCCACCCCAGAACUGCACUUGCCCGUGUUUGAUGCCCCGAGCUAUCCCGAGCCUCUGAAACGUGCGAGUGAACGGGAGCACUCCAAAAGCUCCAUCCCUCCAGUAAAACCCAUGAGGAGGAAAUAUGCUUCAAUGAAGGGUGAGGUGGGGCAAAAAUCACCCACAGAAAGCAAAGAGUUCAUGACAAGUAUCUUACAGGAGAAAGAGGAGAGGCUCCUUCCCAGCCUUCGGGGAGAGCCAUCCCAAAAAAGUGGUGUUGCUGAGCCUUCAUCCCUGAGGGCUUCCACAGAAAGCACAUCACCUGUGCAUCAGAAAGAAAAACCAGACACACCUUUAUCUGAAAAGGACAGAGGUGAAGAGGCAGGGGAUGGGGCAGAGAAGCCAUCUGCCUGUGUUCCCAGGCAGAGUGUCAUCAAAAGCACCUUCUACAGCCAAGCAACGGAGCUGCCUGCGAGGCCGCCUUCAUCACCAGGCAGGGACUUCAGAAGGCACCUGGACAGAGCCAGGAGGACUUUCCGGAAGGCUGGGUAUUCAAAGGUGCCCCUCAGUGGCCUCCGUGAACCCCUCCUUGAGCAGUUUGAACUGGAAGAAGAAGAAGAAGAAGGAGAUGAUCGCAAAGAAAGUCUGCCGGGUUCCUUGACCAAAUCCGCGUCGUUUGACACUGCCAGGAAGCCCCCACACCCUGCCAUUGCUGGUGCCAGCCGCAGCCGCUCCCUGGAUGACUACAGGCUGAGAGCCUCCAGAUCCCUCAGGGAACAAGAUAUCUUGGAGGAGGACUGUGAUGUGUUGUCCCAGGAAAGCUGCCCUGAAGGCAGCGAUCACUGCGACGUUUUCGCAGGGCCUAGCAAGGGAUGUUCUGCGGGCACAGCAGAGCAAGGGGACGUCAGGAGAGCCAGCAAGGAUUGCUCAGGAGAGAAACCCUCUCCCUCCACACACUGUGAGGGGAAUGGGUGUCCCCCUGCUGUUAUACAACACGUAGAGGGACUUCCAGUGUCACCUCACAGGAGUGAGAAUAGGAAGCGUUUACUGAAGAAGUCAAAAGCCACCGAGAUUGAGGAGGAUGUUGAAUGUUUGGAAGGCAAAAGCCCCAUUCCAGCUCCCCAGUGCUCAGAUGUAUCAGCACCAUCAGCUCCAAAACAUGAGAGCACAGAGGGUAAAUCUGCCCCUGGCCAUGCUUCUGACUCUGCUUUUCAGGAGGGCAAAGAGUCCAUUUCAACCCUCACACAGUCAGAGACCACCCCAAAGUCAUCUCCUCCGAGUAAGGGAGGGGUGUGUCUGCCCCAGGAGUCUGCUCCCACUGACACCCACCCCGACCUAACAGGUGGAAGCUUGCUUGUCAAAAGGACAGCCCCAGCCCCACCUUGGAAAGACAAAAGGCAGAAACAUUCAGAUGAAAAGACUUCUGCUCACGGCACUGCUGAAUCUGAGCUCAUGGAGCAUGAAAGCUCUGCUGCUCCAGAACAAACAGAAACUGAUUCACUUCCAGUAUGUAAAGACAAAAGUGAGGAAAUUCCUAGGAAAAGUGUUCCAGCAGCUACUGUCACGCUGGGCAAACAGCCAGGUACCCUCACAGCUGGUGAAGGUGCUCCUCAGAAGCUGAAGACCCAUAAAGACGUGAGAUCUGCUGUCCUGGAAGAUGCAGAAGCAGCUGUUACAGGAAUCACUCCACCAUCAGCCCAUGGUGAUGAAAGCCAAGCACACAAGAAGGCUCCUGUUCAUCUGGACACAGCAUCAGCUGUCCUGAAGGGAGAGCAGCUCGCUGUUCCCAAAAUCCCACUGCCAGGAUCAGUGCCAGCUCUGGUCUCUGAUGGAGCACAGCAGGCUCUCAGCAAGGAGAAACUUGCUGCUCUGAGGAGUAAAAGCUCAGCUGUCACAGGGGUUGUUUCCAGUUUUGCCCAUGAAGGAGCUGAACCCCAGAAGGUUCCUGAAGGCCAUGGCUCAGAGCCUGCUGCUCUGGAGAGCAGACACCCAGCCAGGGCUGCGUCCUCCCAAAGCACUGUCCUCCCUCAGGUCUGGGAGGGUGAAAAUCAACAACAUCCAGAGGUGUCAGUUCACAGGGAGAUGAGAUCUGUUGUGGCAGCAAGUGGAAGCCGAGCAGCUGGACAAGCUGGGGCUGCUCCUCUCCCCAGGGCUGGACAUGGGGUGCUUGAGCAUGGGAUUUCAGAUGGUCUGGAGAGUGGCAGUUCAGGUGCAUUAACUGCUUCACAACCAGAAGUUGCUCCAGCUUCAGCCUAUGAACUGGCAUAUGAGGAAUAUCCAGAGGGUUAUGGUGAGGGUGGCGGCAUUGCCUUGGAAAGUGGAAGAUGUGAUGCUGGAAAAGCUGCCCCACCGCUGCUCCACAGGGAUCAUCAUGGUCAGGAGCUGUCACACCACAGAUCUUCUUUUUACAGUGACGAGGAGUCUGCUGUGCUGGAGGGCUUGGUGGAUGAGAUGGUUUCCCUCUCUGAGGAGAUGAAUGUUUGGGCAGAGUCAGUUUCUGGAGAGAAGGGAAGCAGCAGGCACAUUUCUCCUCGCAGAGAGAUGUUCUACAAAGACAGCCAAGCACACGUGGACACGUCCUUCCCUUCUGUCCAACAGGGUGGAAGAGGAGAAGUCACUGAGCAGGAUGACCUUGCAGAACCCUACCUUGCUGUGAGCGAGGAGCCAGGAGACCUGGAAGAGCAGGGAGCACAGACAGUUCCUCAUGAAUGUGAGCACCUGGAGGACUUGGCAUUUGAGACCUCCCCUUCCAGCCCAGAGAGCGUUUCCUCCACAGAGAGCUUGGACACUGCAAGAAGACCCAUCCACGUGCCAGUGAUCAAGGACACUGGCAAACACCCAGAGGUUUCUUUGGUGAAAAUCAAAGACCUGUCAGAUGAAACACCCAGUCUUGGCAGUGGCCCCCAAAAAUUUGACAUCUCGGAAGUGGAGCCUGCCUACUUGAAUUUCUCGGAUUUGUACGACAUUGUCUAUUUCCCAUUUGAGUUUCUGAGCUAUAAGAAGCCUUCACCCAAACCAGUUCCUAGACGGUUUAUGUUCCUUGGUGAAAGGGCAAGGUCCCCUCCUGCAGGACAUCUCCAUAAGGAUAAAAGACUGUGCAUCAGGGAACAGGAAGACAAGAACAGGAAGAACCGUUUGGAAAUAUCCGAGGAUUCAAAGGCAGCUAACUUAUUAGCCAUGGGGAAAGGGGCAGAGAGCCACAAAGAAAUGUAUAGCUCCCAAAAGGACUCCAGUGGGAAGCAGAAAAGCUCUUUCCACACUAAGGCUGGACUCUUUAAACCAUAUGCAAGGUCUCAUUCAGUGGAGCAGUCAGUGGAGCAGAGUCUGAAGAAGAAAGUAAAAGCUUCUGUUGCCCACAUUUCAAGAAUCCUAAAAGGAAAGACAUCUCCUGAGCCAGAGGAAGCAGAGUUUGGUGAGCUGGGAAGUGAGGCAGCAGAAAAGGAGCUGCUAAUAGGGGCUGAAGGAUCUCUGAAGAGGAAAUCAGCACUCCCUUCAUUCAAGCUACCAAGCCUCAUCCCAAAGGAGAAAGCCCCGUCGUUCGUCGAGGAGCUCGCGGACCAGGCUGCGGCCGCCGGACAGUGCGCGACGCUCUCGUGCCGCACGGCAGCUCACUCCUCCCUGCACGUCAGCUGGUUCAGAGAUGGGAUACCUGUGCAGAGCAGCAGCCGGAUCCUCAUCUCAUCCACGCUCAAACACUUCCAGCUGUUAACGAUUCUCUCUGUUAAUGAUGAGGAUUUUGGUAUUUACACCUGUGUGGCCACAAACUCUCUGGGCUCAGCAUCCACCUCUUGUGUCAUAAGAAAAGCAGAGGUUCCUCCCAGCCCUCCACCCCCUGACAUCGUGGAGGUCUACAAGGAUGGAGUGCAGGUGGUUUGGAAACCUGUAGAAACCAACACCCCUGUCCACUACACUGUCCAGUGCAAGACUGAAGGUGGGGAGUGGACAACUCUUGCUUCUGACAUCACUGACUGCUGCUACUAUGCCAGAAAUCUCCCCCAGGGCUUCGUCUACAGCUUCAGGACAGCCUGCAGCAGCAGGGCAGGGAUGGGCCCCUACAGCGACCCCUCUGCCAAAGUCACAAUCGCUGCCAAGGAUCAGAUGGAGCCUCGUGCUGCCACGCAGGAGUUCCCAUCAGCUGCCCCAGAGGAAGAGAGUGAAAUGAUCUCACCUCCUGAGCCCUUCCCAACCUACCAGACCUACGCCUUCCAAACCGAGAUCAAAAGGGGAAGAUUCAGCAUCGUCCGGCAGUGCCGGGAGAAGGUGAGCGGCAAGACUUUGGCCGCUAAAAUCAUCCCUUACUGGCAGGAGGACAAGCAGGCUGUGCUGCUGGAGUACCAGGUGCUGAGGAAGCUCCACCACACCAACAUAGCCCAGCUGAAGGGUGCCUACGUCAGCCCCCGGCACCUGGUGCUGAUCCAGGAGAUGUGUGUGGGGCCAGAGCUGCUCCACUCCCUGGCCUUGCGGCCAUCGUACUCAGAGGUGGAGGUCCGAGACUACCUGUGGCAGAUCCUCAGUGCCACUGAGUACCUCCAUGCACACAACAUCCUGCACCUGGACCUCAGGUCUGAGAACAUGAUCAUCACCGAGCCCAACCUGCUGAAACUCCUGGAUUUUGGCAACGCACAGUUCUACACACCAGACAAAUUUAUUACCAUGGACAAAUGCUCGGAUUAUGUGGAGACCAUGGCUCCUGAGCUGCUGACAGAGCAAGGAGCCCUUCCCCAGACUGAUAUUUGGUCCGUCGGAAUCACAGCCUUCAUCAUGCUGAGUGCCAACUACCCCAUCAGCUCGGAUGUACCCUGUGAGUUCCUGAGGACAGCCAGGAAGGGAAAGCUGAAGCUGACGCGGUGCUAUGCGGGUCUCUCCGGGGGAGCAGUGUCCUUCCUCCAGAGCACUCUGUGUGCAAACCCCUGGGGAAGGCCCUCAGCCUCCGAGUGCCUGCAGAGCCCGUGGCUCCAGGAGACAGGUCUGGACAACAGGCAGCAGGCACUGGUCACCUUCCCCACCACCAAACUGAGGAAUUUCCUCACGGAACGGGAGAAGAAGAGGGGCCUGCUGUGCUCCAAGUACGGCCUCAUGAUUGCACAGUGACGUGGAUGUGGUGACAGAUGGCAAUCACCUCCCUGUGCCCUCCUGCACCGAGUGUUCGGUACCAAACCCUCCUGCCAAGCUGCUCUCUGCCCAACACACUGCGUUUUGUCCGUGUGUCCUGCCUGCCACGGGCUGUUUCUGUGUAUGUGUGACUCGUGGGGGGAACUGGGACACUGGGCAGUGAAGGCAGCAAACCCAGCAGUGACCUUGUAACGUGCAGAUUUUGUACCACUAAGAGACUUUGCCACUUUGAAGAUGAGAUGCUCUUCCCUGGGGAGCAGAGGCACAUCCACCUGGAGAUGUGGCAGAGUGUCCCUGGCAAAGGCUGAGUGUUUUAAUUAUUUUUAAAAAUCCUGAAAUGUCACGUUCCUCUUUGACCUUCAAACCCUGCUUUCCUCUGCAAAGGAUGGUGUUGGCUGUGUCAUUGGUUUGUACUCAUAACUUCAGUGUUCCUUUGAGUUUCUCUGCAGUGAUUGAUGUAUCCCUCCAUUUCCCAUAUGAGCAGCAGUAAGAGGCUUUCUCAGAGCUGUGUCUGGCUGUGUUUAGAUGCAGGUGAACAAGAAAACAGUUCCUAAUACAUCACAGGUGAAUACUAAAAGUGAGGCUGUUUAUCCAGGGAUGCUCUUUCCCAACAAGUUUAACCCAUAUUGUUCCAAACCUGAAAGGUGGAACAUCAUGACUCCUUAUCCUGCUGAGCAUACAGAGCAGGAAUUACGACUGAGAGCAGAGGAGCUUUCCCUGUGCUGUGGAGAGCAGGCACCAACUCAAUAGACUGUAAAAUUUGGAAUGUUGAAGUGAUAUUGUCUGCACUGUGUGCUAGAGGAGAGAAACCCAAGGGCUUGGGGCCAGAGUCUGUGCUCAGUUCUCUGGGAGGAGAGCAGAGACAGACACUGCAAUGAGGGCUGCCCCCCCAGGAAACCUUUCAAGACUCUGGAUCCUGUCCAAUUUAACUUCUCUCACAAAUCCAGUCAGGUUUUUGUUGGCACAGGCUGGUUCUUUGCUCUUGCUGGUGCACUUUGGGAUGGAAAGGUCAGUGCCAAGGAAAAACCUAUCUAAACAUAAAAAAACAUAAUUAUAGAUUAACUCAUUUGGAGCUUUCAUGCUCUUCCAUAUAUGAAUUAUUUUCUCUUUUGCUUCUCACAACUGCAUGCAUUUGGGCAUGUCUGAGCUCUUUUAUAGACUCAACACUGUUUGGUUAAAUAAACCAUUCUGACGAGCAAAUAAA